AUGAGAUUCCAUAUAGCUGUAAAUGCUAUUAAAGUUAUGCACAUCAUGGGCAUUCAGCAUCUUAUAGCAGAUGAAUUCCGUGACAUGCCUGCUAGUUUCGGUCCGGAUUUGCCGGCUGAGGGCCUCCGCGGCUUCCUCGUGGUGGGCGAACCGGCUAAUGGCUGCGGCGUCAUGACCAAACCACCUAUUGACGAGAACUUUACUGGCAACUGGAUUGUGCUAGUUGCUAGAUACAAUUGCAGUUUCGAAGUAAAAGUCCGCAAUGCGCAGGCGGCUGGCUUCCACUGUGUCAUAGUACAUAAUGUCAACUCAAGUGACCUAGAGACAAUGUCCGCGAGUAAUCCCAUGGGAAUAGAUAUCCCCUCGGUAUUCGUGAGUGACGUAGCUGGGAUCAUCUUAUCCGAAGAGUAUAAUUAUACUAACCGGUACUAUAUAAUGGUGAACGGUGAUCUUCCGUUCAAUAUCAACACACACCUACUUCUGCCCUUUGCGAUAGUGGUUGUGUUGUGUUUGAUAGUCAUACUUGUGUUUAUGAUAGUAAAAUGUAUAAAAGACCGGCGCCGAGCUAACCGGCAUCGUCUUCCGAAUCGUUCGCUUAAAAAGAUUCCUACUUGCAAGUUCAGCAAAGGGGACCCUUACGACACGUGCGCUAUUUGCCUUGAUGAUUACCAGGAAGGGGAGAGGCUACGAGUACUUCCUUGUGCACAUGCGUACCACGCGAAGUGCAUCGACCCGUGGCUAACUCAAAAUCGCCGCGUGUGUCCCGUUUGUAAGCGGCGCGUGUUUGCCGCUGGGGAAAGGCGACGACCUCACCCUGACUCCGAUACCGAUGAUACGGAACCACUUGUGGGAGACUCCCAGGAGGGAAAUGAUACCCAGGGUGGUACAUUUGAGGAACAACGGGAAAACCCUUUCGUGAGAGCAACGCGGUACAUCGCGCGACUGAGGGCUCGACAACAAGAAUCCAAUAAUGCUGAGGUAGAAGCACCUCAAGCGCAGAUUAAUAGUAGUGAAGUUACGGUAGAUGUAGAGCCAGUAGAUGACACUCAGCCUCUACUGGCGUCCGUCCGUCGCCAGAAUCGGCGCAGAGGUCGCCGAUCUCGCUCUGCGCACGCGCAGCCCCCGUCCGCGCCUUCACAGCCAGAAAUCGGUGUAGCAGCUUUACACGCCCCUCAGUCACAGGUGGAAAGACGUUUCGUUGAUUUAUGA